GAGGAGCCCUUGCACGAUGACGUAGCCGCCUCCCGCCUUCACGAACCCCCUGCAGCCAUGGACGUAAUGGGCGCCAUCAGCUCGGGAGCCAGGAGGCUGAAGCGGUCAACUGCAGUUUCUUUUUCGCAAGACCCGUCUGGUGCCUGCUGUGGCCGUCCAGCGGCCCAACUGCAGGGCCCCAGUUCGCCCGCUGCGAUGGUGGAUGCCUGGGUUUCACGCGGGACCCUGGCUGCAAGCACCCGACAUGUCGCUCAUUACAGUACAUGCGAAUACAUGCGAAGCAGCGACGGCGCGGCCAGCGGCUGGGAUUUUGUGCUGUCCAGCUACCAAGCCUGGCCUGGACGCCUUGAAGAAGCCCUGGUGCGGGUUGGUGGUGAGAGCUGA